AUGAGUGCAAUCGCUGAGGACGGUGAUGGCACUAUGCCCGAGCCCGUCAAGGUCCUGUUCACCCUCCACGAAGGCCUCGACGCUCUCGACUUCAUCGGUCCUCUUGAAGUUCUCAGCCAUGCUCGCCAUGAUAUCAAUGACCCUGAAAGCAAGGCUUUCGAAGUCACCCUUGUCGGCGACUCCGAUCUUGUCAAGUCUGCUCAGGGCGUCUCGUUCAAGACCGACAUGACCUUCCGCGAGGCUCACAAGCACCUCGCCAACUACGACGUUGUCAUUGUCCCCGGUGGAGGCACCGAUAACGUCCUCAGCAUCCCCUACUUCGGCAAGAACAAGGCGACCGAGCCCAUGGCUCUGAUCAAGUCGUACGCCGAUAUCCAGACCAAGAACCCCAUGAGAGAGAGAACUCUCAUGUCGGUUUGCACUGGCUCUCUCUUUGUGGCCGAGACUGGUAUCCUUUCCGGACUGUCCGUCACCACCCACCCCGACUACAUGAUCAAGAUGGAGAACCUCAACCAGAGUGUUUCCCAUCGCGACAUGUCUGAGCGCUUCGAUGUCAUGGAAGAGCGCUAUGUCGUCAACAACCUUCGCUUCGACAUUGACGAAGACGAAAACAACCCCUACAUCCGCACACGCUCCGACUCUAAGACGGGUCGUCGUCCCAGCAAUGCUCGCAAGGGCAGCUUCUCUUUCAAACAGAGCAACACUCGUCGUGAGAGCAACGCUAGACGUGCUCAGCUCAAGCUUGGUGGACUUCGCGUCAUCACCAGCGGUGGUAUUUCGACUGGUCUCGAUGCCGCCUUUUAUCUUGUCAGUGCUCUGGUUAGCUAUGAGUCGGCCAAUGAGGUCGCUCGCAAGAUGCAAUACGAAUGGCACAAGGGUGUCGUUUGCAAGGGUGUUGAUGUCUAA